CAUCUGUUUGACACACUCUCAAUACCGGUGGCAAAGUGGUUCGUGUCAACAACAACUAGAGUUAUAAAUUUACUAUCCUACGCCCUAAUCCUCUCUCCUAAGCCUUUUCUCAUUACCCUCUCUCUAUCUUAGGCCAUCAUCUCCGUUAACCGUUCUUCAUCUCUGUUAAUCUCACUAUCAGCAUAUCUCCGCUGCCCUAGUAACUGUUACCAAAACAAGCAUCCAUGUUUGGCCUUCCGUCAUUGCUAUCGAACAGGGCGAGUCGAUUCUUCUCCUUACGGCGUGUCUCUAGGCCUGCAACCAUUUAGGUUUGCAACCGCCUGAAAGGCAAAAGGCAGACAAGGAUUGGGGGUGAAGAUAAUUACCGUGAAGAAUACUGGUUGUCCCUGAUACCUCAACCCCGAAAGCCCGAAUAUUAGAGCGAAAAAAAAGUGAACGAAAGAUAGAGAGAUAUAGGAAAAUAACACACCGAAAGAAGGAAAAGAAAAGAAAAGAAAAAAAGAAAAAAAAAAAAAAUAGUCCCGCACGCGAUCAUCAAGCUGCUGCCGCUCCAUCUCUUUUUCCUCCUCGUCACUUCUUCUCCUGUUUCCUUCGUGGCAGUCGUAUCCUACUUCUCUCACUCUUCUGGCUCCAACCAAUCCUCUCCCUUCGUCCCACUCCUCCUCAUCUCACCGCCCCCCCUCCUCUCCCUUCCCCCCGACAACGACAUACAUACAUACCCUUUUUAAAGCCCGAGUUACCAGCCGCCCCUCCUUCCCUUGAAUUUUCCCUUUCGCUACUUUUUUAUUUUUCCUUCCUAUUUCGAAUACUCUCUUAAUUUUUACCUCUCUCACUUUUGCUCUCACUGCAUUGCCCGUUGGUACUGUCCCUUCUCCUUCGUUUCUUCCCCCUCCCCUUUGUCCGCGCUACUCGUUGUCGCCCUCACCGCUUCGCCCUGCUUCAGCGACCGCUUCCCGCCAUUGUGGCUGUCACCGCACCCGCCCCAGCAUCUUUAUACCGGCCUAAUCUCGGGACAUACUCUUAAUACCUACUCCGAGGAUUCCCCCAGUUCUGUGCGGGAAACUCCUUCAAUCGCCACCAUUCACUUUCCCACGCUUUUACCUCACCUCCUACUACUACUACAUCAAUAACAAUGAUUGAGCCCCCACUACAGAAGAAUAACGCCUCUUCGAGCCUGAAUGAAGGCCGGUCCUCUCCCACUAUGUUGACUCCUGCGGUUUCAUCUUCGGCUCCUUCGACCACCGCGUCCCCGGUCCUCCUUCCUGUCCCUGGGCAAUCCACUUCGCUUUCUUCCCUGCCAGGGUCACUAAUGUGUCCUGGCACCGCCACUCCCCCUAAUAUCCCGGAAAAGAAGUCUAUAUCAUCGCGGCUGCACCGAAUGUUCUCUCAAUCUGGUGGUAAGGCGAAGGAAGAGAGUAAGGGUACUCCUCGUGAACGGCAUGUUGGUGAGGGAAGCGCUUCGGACACCGAUAGCAGUGCCCUCUCUGGACGGGAAAAGGACAUAACAACUAGCCCCGAUCAAAAAUCAUCAUCGACAGAAAAGAGGCCUGCGGCCAAUGCGACUACAGAUAAUAAGAACGGCCUACCGGCGGUAUUACAACGCUUUCAAAUGCUUCCCGACGGCACUCAUGAGCAUCACCUCCGUAGUGCAAAGAGGCAAGAAAAGCUCUCGGAUAUGCUCAGGGAUCUUAUCGGAGGCAAGAAGAAGGACGACCACGGGGAACACGAUCGACUCAGUCUUAUGUCGAGUUGGGUAGACCAACUCAAAAUUGACAGGGAUAAGCUAGCAAGUGAUCGGAAGGGCGGUCCGAACUCCACAGCAACCCUCGUUGAGAAAUACGGAAAGUGCCAGGAGGUCAUCGGACGUGGGGCUUUCGGAAUAGUUCGUAUAUCACAUAAACCGGAUCCCAAGAACGGUCACUCGGAACAGCUAUACGCCGUCAAAGAAUUCCGUCGCCGACCCCAGGAAUCGCCAAGAAAAUAUCACAAACGGUUGACUUCCGAGUUUUGCAUCUCAUCGUCAUUACGGCACCAGAACGUCAUACACACUCUGGAUCUGUUGCAAGAUGCGAAGGGAGAUUAUUGCGAGGUGAUGGAGUUUUGCGCUGGAGGGGAUCUCUACACCCUGGUUCUCACGGCUGGCAAGCUCGACGUUGCAGAGGCAGACUGCUAUUUUAAACAGCUGAUGCGCGGUGUGGAGUACAUGCAUCAAAUGGGGGUUGCUCAUCGGGACCUUAAACCGGAAAACCUUUUGCUCACUACGAACGGAGCACUAAAGAUUACCGAUUUCGGUAAUGGUGAGUGCUUUCGGAUGGCGUGGGAAAAGGAGGCCCACAUGACUUGCGGCUUGUGCGGUUCUGCACCCUACAUCGCCCCCGAAGAAUAUACAGACAAAGAAUUCGAUCCUCGUGCAGUUGAUGUUUGGGCCACAGGUGUUAUCUACAUGGCCAUGCGCACUGGAAGGCAUCUCUGGCGAGUCGCAAAGAAGGAUGAGGACGAAUUCUUCGAAAAAUAUCUUCAAGGGAGAAAAGAUGAGGGCGGUUAUGCACCUAUAGAAAACCUGCACAGGGCGAGAUGUCGCAACGUGAUCUACUCAAUUCUAGAUCCUAAUCCAACGAGAAGAAUCACGGCAUCUCAGGUGCUAAAGUCAGAGUGGGGUAGGGAGAUUACAGUCUGUAAAGAGGGUGAGGAAGGGCUUUAACGACGUCAAUAAUGGUGUUCAUGGUCAAUGGGGGCAUUCAAUUCAUUCGAUCGAUCAGCAGAUGUUGUAUGGGGGCAAGACAAAAAAAAAAAAGACCCACUUUAAUUCAAAUUCCUCAAUGCAACACUACCACUCAAAUCCAUUAUAUUCUCCAACUGUAUCAUUUAUUGUUCUGGCUAUCGUUUGGGGUUUCUUUUUUAUAACCGCUGCUUUUACGUUCACCUCUAUUCUCUUCCUUCUCUCAUUGAUUUUGCAUUUUUUCUCUCUUUCGUACUCUACUCGUACCCGCAGGUCUAAUUUUUAUUUUUAUUUUUACCUUUUUUUUCUUACUCUUUUUUUCCAUCUUACGUGAUGAUUGUUUUUCCGAGAGAAAACAAAACGGGACAGGGGGGUGUCAUUUCUUUCGUUUCACGCCUUUUGCUCUUAAACCUUAAACUGGCGCUGAUCUGGCUAUUUUUGCCCCUCUUUUUUUUUUUUUCCCCUCCUACCUCUUCUCUUCGCCCUUCCCAUUCACGUUUACCUUAUCGUUCCCCAUCCCGUUGAUUCCGAUACGAAGCAAUUGGGUGUUGGGUGAAAAACAACAAUGCAUUUAUAUUACUUGCGUAGGAGCUUUUUAUUAUCAUUAUCAUUUUUCUCUCUCUCCUCUCUCGUUUGAUUUAGUAGCAAGAAACGGCGUUUUGAAAGGGAGGCGGUUCGGUUCGGCAAGUAUUGGAAUGGUUUUUUUUUUUUUUGUUUGUUUGUUUUGCUCUCCUUUUCCCAUCUCUAUGCAGUUUCUCUUUUUUUCACCUUUGGCCUUUUUCGAUUCAUUUUCCUCUUGUUUGUACCUCGCUCACCGGUACUUCGCUUUACUUCGUGAUUUGUGUAUGUGUAUUGAUUGCUCUUGGACCAGAUUUUCAGCGCAGCAAAUUCAAAAUUACGAAUUUUCUUGGUUA